AUGUACGAGCAAGCGGUGCCUGUUCGGGCCCGAAUCGCAGGACAAGUCAGCGGGCCGCCGUCCCAACUCGCUCCCUUCUGUCAGAGGGGUACAGACGGGACCGUCCGCCUUGGCAUAAACGCCGACGCCACGCCGUACAGGUGGCAAGAAGGGAUAGAGACGUCUUCAGACACGUACGAAAAACCUGAGGUGGUGAAACUACAGGAGCUCUCGCCACAGGGGCCUCAGACACAGCGAGCUAGACUGGAAUUUACGGAGGACGCCACAAGUAACACGUCAUUCCAUGUCGGUAAUACUGUAGACAGAAAUUACCCGUACGGCCAGUAUCGGAGCCUUCCUAGUUUCCUCGCCCCCCGCCGCAGCUGCCAGGCCGCCGCCUUUGCUGUGGUGGUGACCCUGGUCUCUGUGGGACUCGCCGUCAUGGUGUUCACCAAUGGAGAAGGAAUAUCUCAACUCUCCAACACCGUCGAUACCUUGAAACGCAACCUGGCCGGCCAGAAAAACCUAACUGCCGCCCUGAAGCAGCGUCUUGACCAGAAGAUGUCAGUGCCCCGUCCAGAGGAAUUUGUCAAGCACUUCGGUACGCCUGUAUCCUGUCCUGAAGAAUAUACCAAGUGGCGCGGACUCUGCUACAAGGCCUUCAACGCGACUAAGAACUUUUGGCAGGCGGAGCUGGCCUGCCACGAGGACGGCGGCACCCUCGCCAUGCCCCGAGACAACGACACCAACGCCUUCCUCAUCUCCCUGUACAAGACCGUCAGCAAGAACAGCUUCUUCUGGAUCGGUCUGCACGAUCAGGACGAAGAAGGAAACUUUAAGUGGGUGGACGGCACUGCUCUUGGUGAUUACAACUGGUGGGCUACGGGGCAGCCCAACAACCAUGCUAAACGGGAAGAUUGUGUUGCCUACAGCGCUAGUAAGAUGAACCGUACCCACAUGCCGUUCAAUGUCAUACAGCAGCCGGAGAAGUGGUACGACGCCCCGUGUUACAGCCGUAUACCAUUCUUGUGCCAAGUAGUCCCAGAAAACGCACGGGCGCCACUCAAUUAAUUCCCCAGCUAUUCUCCAAGAAAGGUAAAGAAUAUGUACGAUAACAUUAAGUAAAAAGACUAAAAUAGAGGAUACAUCUUGGGGCUAUAGUUUCUACGCCUACAGAAUGAAAUAUACUGAUGCAAAUGUGCGAAUGUGGGGUGAUGUGCCAA